CUCAAGGCCUGUACCGCCUGCAAAUCCGUCUUCUACUGCUCACGAGACUGCACAAAAGCACACUACAAAGUCCACAAGAAGGAAUGUGCAAAGCUGGCUCAAGAGUACUCCAAGACUGCUACUUUCAAGCCCGCAGUGAGGACCUCAGCACCCAAGGAAGGACAUAAGGGUGGAUUGCAGAAGUGGCAGUUCGACACCUAA